AUGGGUGGGGAUGGGGAUGAGGAGCGCAAGGUUUACACUUUGGCCCAAGUUUCUGAGCACAACAACUCCAAAGAUUGCUGGCUUAUCAUUGAUGGCAAGGUUUAUAAUGUCACAAAGUUCUUAGAUGACCACCCUGGUGGUGAUGAUGUCUUGUUGUCUUCCACAGGGAAAGAUGCCACUGAUGACUUUGAGGAUGUUGGUCACAGUAAGAGUGCUAGAGCCAUGUUGGUUGAUUUAUAUGUUGGAGACAUUGAUCCAGCAACCAUACCGGCCAAGCCUAAGCAAACUCCUCCAAAACCACUUCAAAAUAAUCAGAACACAUCAUCAAAUUUCCUGAUCAAGAUGCUGCAGUUUAUAGUUCCCCUGAUUGUCUUGGGUGUUGCGGUUGUUUUCUGCUCCUUAAAGUUCUGUCUACACAAAGCAUUGUCAAUGCCAAUUAGUGCACUUGGACUACUGGUUAAGUUUUUGAAAAUGGGAAGCAUCAAAAGAGAGAAAAGGGUGUUAAAACUUGUUCAUCCUGGUAAACAUAUUGAGGUUCACAGAGAGCCAGUAAGAGCAGAAGAGGUCAUGAAAAAGAACCCUAGACACUGCAUAACUAGGCCAGAUGUUUUUAAGUUCCCAUGGAUUGUGGUCAAACCUGAGUCAGUUUUGCUUCCGGGGAGUGUCUUCCUCAUUGUCCCCAAUCACACAAUCUAUGACCUGUUGAAGGCCACCACAUCACAAAGCAUUAGCUUUCAAUCACAAGAACAAUCACCCUUUUCACAACAAAACCAACGACUCAAACAAGAUUAUCAUGACAGCUCUUAUAAUGGGAUAAAUUCCAAACCCCAGAUGCACAAUCAAAACAUCAGGCUUUCAUUCCUUUCUCCUAUCUCCCAAAGAAACUCUAACAUUGUAAGUGAGACAUUGUCUCAAGACAUGGAAAAUGUGUGCACAUAUCGUGAAAGAUCACAAAACCAAUCCCAUUUUGAGAUUUGGCCAAAAGUGGCUAGCUAUGAAGAAAACAGCCAGAAGAGAAUGGAACUAAUAGAUGCCUCAACUUUUGAGUUUAGACCUUAUUUCAAGGCCUUGAAAUAUUAUGAAAAGUACUAUAGCAUGGACAUGAGGACUGAAAUGCAAGACCUCAAGAAGAAUGAUGUUAACAUAGAGUUUGUGUCAAGUGAACAAGUUACCUUACUGAAAUCUUGUUUAAGGAGACCAAAUAGCAUGCGUAAGAAGCUUAAGCUUAAGGUGUCAUUCAACAUACAAAUCAAAAACCAGUGA